GACCGGUAGGGGGUGGGGCUUGACCGGCGUGGGAGGAGCCGCCAGCCGGAAUUGAGGCGAAGCGCACCGGGAAAGAGGAGGAGGAGAGUGGCCGAGAGUGCUGCCGAGAGUGCUCCCGAGCGUGCGCAGAGUGCCGCCUUCUCAAGCAGCCCUUCUGUUUUCUCUCUCUCUCGGGGCCUGGAGGGUUCUGUGCGCGCGCCCCAGGGACCCUCGGAGGGACGGAGCUGGCCAGACCGGGACUGAGCAAGGUGUCGGGUGGAUCAGGUGAGCGGCACAAUGUCGUCUGAAGUGACAGAGGGGCCGGAUGAGCCUGAGAACCUCUCUUAUGAGGAGACAGAGGACGACAACGAUGUCAGCCCCACGGACUUGUCUGAGCUGCUCAAGGAAGGGACCAAGGAGUCACACGACCAGGCCGAGAACACUCAGUUUGUGAAAGACUUCCUGAAAGGCCGCAUCAAGAGGGAGCUCUUCAAGCUGGGCACAGCCGCCCUCUACUUCACGUACUCCGCCCUGGAGGAAGAGAUGGAGCGCAACCAGGAGCAGCCGACUUUUGCCCCGCUCUAUUUCCCCCUGGAGCUGCACCGCAAGGAGGCCCUGGCCAAAGACCUGGAGUAUUUCUACGGGGCAGACUGGCGGGAGAAGAUCCAGUGCUCGGAGGCCACGCAGUGCUACGUGGACCGGAUCCACCACGUUGGGCAGCAGGAGCCCGAGCUGCUGGUGGCCCACGCCUACACCCGCUACAUGGGGGACCUCUCCGGAGGGCAGGUGCUGAAGAAGGUGGCGCAGCGGGCACUCAAGCUGCCCAGCACCGGCGAGGGGGUCCAGUUCUACACGUUCGAGCACAUCUCCAACCCGCAGCAGUUCAAGCAGUUCUACAGGGCCCGGCUCAACGCCCUGGACUUGGACAAGGGGACCAAGGAGCGGGUGGUCCAGGAGGCCAACAAGGCCUUUGAAUUCAAUAUGCAGGUUUUUGACGAACUGGACAAGAUCGGGGCUUUGUUAACCGAAGAAGCCCAAGACGGCGGCCUCCCAGCACAUGAUGGGAAAGGAGACCUGCGCAAGUGUCCCUACUACGCUUCUAAGCUAGCUGACGCGGAGGGCUCUGGCUGCCCCUGCCACCUCGCCAUGGCCAUGCUGCAGGAGCCCACCGUCCAGCUGGUCCUGGCGGCCUGUGCCGCUAUGGCUGCCGUCCUUGCUGCCUGGUACGUGAUGUGAGGGGCGGGGUGGCCCGCUGCUGCCUGGCGGCAGAAGGGGCUGGCGGCCCCCGCUCAUCAGGACGAGGACUCUUUGUUUUUGUGUUCCACCAAGGGAGGUGGAGUUCUAAUGCCAGAUUUAACUAAGGAACCAUUAAACCCAAAUGCACAUCAACUGAAUGGAAACACGCGUGACUUUGCAUAGGAGGAAUAUUCCAACCUGUUAGCUGGUUGCAGGGAGCAGGAGUCCCCUUGCCCCCUGUGUUUGGAUACCAAAGCUGUGGGUGGAGCACUUGAUCUGGGCCACUUGUAGCUGCACUUUGGGGGAAGCCUGGUCGGUCCUGCGGUCAUGGGGGUGGAAGGCCAGUGGAAGCAGCAGCACCCCCGCCCGACUGCUGCCUCUGCUUCUAUCCACAAUGCUCUCCUGCCCUGCUGAGGUAUUCCAGGUACACUAACACCCCCUCCCCUCUAACUGAAGGCUUGCUGCCUUGUCCGUCCCAAAGAAGCUAACGGUUUAGUUCUCAUGUAACUUUUGGAUUGUGGUAAUGCCGCUGACAUAAUAAAACUUAUACUUUGGUGUC